UUGGGGCAGAGUUCUGGGCAUUUGGGAGCUCCUGGGGGUCUCUGGUUUUUUGGGGUCUGUUCCUCUUUUCCUGCGUUUUCGGGGAAUUCUGGCUCUUUUUCCGCGGGGUUUUUUUGGGGCGGUUUGUGGGGAUUUGGGGUGUGUGGGCUCCCGGAUUUGGGGGCAGGUUUGGGGUGAUUUGCCGGGAAUUGCAGCGGAGCUGGCGGAGCCGGGCCGGGAGCUGCUGCGGGAGCUGCUGAGGGAGCACCGGCGGCUGCAGGAGCUGAGCCAGCAGCUGCACCUCAAACACCAGCGCGAGGCCCUGGAGCUGGCCGAGCUGCAGGACAAGGCCACCUCUGCGGAGACGAAGGUUCUGGAGAUGGGGACGACGCUGGAGGGGCUGCAGUGGGACAGCGCCAAACUGCGCAAGCGCGAGGGGCGGCUGGACAGACACCUGGCCGAGGCCCUGGAGCAGCUCACCUCGGGCUCCUACGGCUCCGGCAGCUCCGGGGGCUUCCAGGGGGGACAGAUCACCCUGAGCAUGCAGAAGUUCGAGAUGCUGAACGCGGAGCUGGAGGGGAACCAGGACUUGGCCAAUUCCCGCAUGGCCGAGCUGGAGAAGCUGCAGCUGGAGCUGCAGGCGGCCGUCAGGGGCCAGGAGCGCCUCAAGGUGGCGCUGCGCUCGCUGCCCGAGGAGGCGGUGAAGGAGGCCCUGGAGUACAAGGUGCUGCAGUCGCAGUUCUCGCUGCUCUACCACGAGAGCCUGCAGGUGAAGACGCAGCUGGACGAGGCGCGGGCGCUGCUGCUGGCCACCAAGAACAGCCACCUGCGCCACAUCGAGCACAUGGAGAGCGACGAGCUGGGCGUGCAGAAGCGGCUGCGCACUGAGGUGAUCCAGCUGGAGGACACCUUGGCUCAGGUGCGCAAGGAGUACGAGAUGCUGCGCAUCGAGUUCGAGCAGAACCUGGCGGCCAACGAGCAGGCAGGCCCCAUUAACCGGGAGAUGCGGCACCUGAUCAGUUCCCUGCAGAACCACAACCACCAGCUCAAGGGGGAC